AUGACGGUGACUCUAUUCCAGUCGCUUAUAUCGGGGUCGCUACCAGAUCACUGCGAGCCUUCGUCGCCCUUCCUGACCGCUAUCUCAACUCACCUCCACAUCUGCCUCCCCACCCCACUCGCGCUGAUCUCGUCCGUGCUCGGAACACUCAGUAUCAUCUCGUGGCUGUUCGCCCAACUCCCCCAGAUCUAUAAGAACUACCAACUACAGUCGACUUCGGGUCUAUCGAUAUUUUUCUUGGUUAUAUGGUGUGCCGGAGACGCGAGCAACCUCCUCGGGGCACUCUUCACUCGCCAAGCAGGGUGGCAGGUCGUGGUCGCGAGCUACUAUGUCUUGGUUGAUGUCACACUGGUGAUCCAGUUCUUCUGGUACACCCAUUAUAAAUCGCGCCGGUAUGCGGGGUACAACGAGGUGCCAUAUUCGCAUGACCACCAUUCGCGAGGCGACGUUCUGCAAGGCGUGGCUUUGUCCGGCGACGAUGUGACCCACCUGCCGCCGGCACCGGUCGAUAUGACGCACAAGAAGUCGGAGGUUCAGGAUAUGGGUGUUCAGACCGGUUCAACACUAAAUUCGAACCUUGGUCGCACGCCCCCUUACCAUACUGAGAAAUUCAUCUCCUCCCGCCGCUCGGUGCGUGUGGCCAGCACCUCGGCUAGCCCGCCGUUCGCGCUGCCCCGAACAAUGCUUAUCGCCUCGCUGCUCUGUGCCGUGCUUGCCAACGCCAGCCCUACCCACCCUACGCCAUCACCAUCGCCUCACCCUCCUAUUUCUCACGCUCCUAGCGAGGCUGUGCUCGAGAUCGUGGGUCGCGUCUUUUCUUGGAUGUCGACGAUCCUUUACCUAGGCUCGCGACCCCCACAGCUCUAUAAGAACUAUCGUCGCAAGAGCACCGAGGGUCUCUCUCCAUUGCUAUUCAUGGCUGCUUUCAGCGGAAACCUCUUCUACUCUUCCUCUCUUUUGACCAACCCCAACGCCUGGGCUGACUUCCCUCCCUAUGGUGGCGGUGGCUGGGCGGAUGGACACGGCAACGACCGUUGGGAGUGGAUCGGGCGCGCGAUUCCAUUCUUCCUUGGCGCAUUUGGUGUACUUGGAUUAGACGGUUUCAUGGGCGUGCAGUUCCUCAUGUACGGUCCUCAGGAUGUUGACGACGAGAGUGUCAUUGGUGCCGACGAUGAAGAUCCCAAGCGUGGCCGCGGACGAUGGAGGCGUGUGCGCGGCUGGAUGCGCGGCUGGAUUCCUUCGGCGUCUCCUACACGCAGUGAGUGUGAGCGCGAAUCAGCUGCACAAGAGGGGCAGGCUCUUCUGGGCUCGGACCGUGGACGUUACGGGACUGUCUGA